UGUUACUCAGAGAGUAUGUUUUGUAUAAAUUUGCAUUUUAAAAGAAUGUUUUGAAGGAAUGUUAGCAAUUUAGUUUUUUUUGAAGAAAAGUUACAAUUUCUUGAAGAAAUUGCUAUUUUAUACGUUGACAUGUAAUUAGAGAUAUUAUCUAGUAGAUCUAAACACAGAAGUAUACGUCCUUUAAAAGGAAAAGAAUUUAUUCAUUUUAAGUUUUAAAAAUUUUUGAUUAGCCGCGAUUAACUCCUCGUCACCCCCACCCCCCUCACUCAAAUGAGACGAUGUUGUUGCAAAACAAGUUUUGAUUGACGAACACGCUACAAUAAUUUCAAAGUGUAGCUUUAAAUACACGUUUCCUGGAAGACUGUAUUUGGAAAUUGGAGCUUUCGACACUUGUAAAAGUCUUUAGCGAUGGCUGUACAAAUGACAUCGUCAGUUAAAUGGCGGCAAAUGGGAAACGAAAUUUAUUCUUCGGCAACUAAUUUAGCACCUGUUCUUCGAAAAGAAAGGUUACAGCGAGCUAUAAAUUUGUAUCUCAAAGCUUUCGAAGCACACACGAACACGGACGAGCUCACGAGUGCAGCAAAAAAUCUUGGAAUGGCUUCAUGGCGUCUUGGGGAUGUGCUGGAAGAAAAGUAUUCUCGCAUAUAUCAUUACAAAGAAUCGGCGAAAUAUUUUUCAAUUGCCUAUGAGAAAGGUUUUAGUGUGAAAGGCCAGUCAUGGUUGGAAACAUUGAUUAUGAGCACGACACAGUUUCUGGAGGAAGUAUUUAUGUGCUUACAAAGUUUUAGUAAUCCUAAAGAGAGAACGAAAUACCUGUAUGAUAUAGCUAAUGCAAUUGGUGUAAGAAAUCUGAAAGCACAAUGUUUUUUAGCUCUGGCCGAUGUCAUCUUUAAGGCAGGGGUUACUGCACUUUCAGAAGGACAGCCAAAACAAUGUCUUGAUAUGAUGCGUGAGUGUUAUCGACCAAUCGAAGAGGUAAAGCGUUUUGGCCAUGACGAUGCAUCAAUGAUGUCUGAAGCAAGAGUUUAUGAAGAGGAUGUUUUUGUUCAUCAGUGUAUUGCAGAAUCCAUCCAAGCACGUUUGAUUGGGGAUGAUUUAUUUAACAGAAUGUUAAAGGAAGAAGAUAGUCUCAACAUAGACGUAGUUUGGGAUGUUGUGGACUGGUACAAGCAAUCAAUUCUGCUGACUAGAGAAAAAGAUCUGGAAUUGGAAGCCAUUGGGCAUACCUGCCUUGCUAAGGUAUAUGAUCAAGUAUUGAAGCUGAAGUUUAAGGCAAAAGAAAAUUUUCUGCAUUGCUUGCAACUUGUUAACACCAUGCACCCUCGAGUGUUUACUAAUGAGAAAUGGUACCAGUACGCUACUCAAACUUUGAGCCAAUACCAGCAAGAAGUAUUAAGACAAGAAGAAGACGCAUGGUCAACUGAGAAGAAUGCUAUUCUUAUCGAGCUGCAGGACGACAUCAAAAAACUGGAGGAACUUUCAGAAAAUGCAGAAGAGUUUCUUCGAUUUGUGUACAAGACAUAUCCACCAAAGAAUGUUGCUCACAAAUUAAAUGAGUCUUUGCUGAUUGGCGAAAACAAAAAUGUAAAGAAAGCACUUCGAGACGGUCUGUUACAUUACCACCCCGAUAGACUCAAGGCCAAAGAUCUUGGAAAGAAAUGGAUUGUACUGUGUGAAGAAAUUACCAAAUAUCUCAACAGAAAAUAUGAAGAGUACAAAUAAUAACAUGCUGCACUAAAAGGACUUACCUAGCUUUUCAUAAUGUAGUUAGUAAAAUGAAUAACAUCAUAGCAAUUGACAUUUGAAACAUUACUUUCUUAGGCAUACUUUCUUUAGGUUUUGUUGUACUUUAGUUAAAUAUUUACUUUAGCGAAGUUUUUAUAUAGACAUUUUCAUUUCUUAGAUGCAUAAUUCCUUGAAAGAAAUUAUGUAUUAAAUAUUUAUAUAAUUACUA